AUGUUACACAUUUAUAGCUUAAAAUAAAAACACCAAAAAGAAGGAAUUUGGAGCAAAAAAAGCCUCAAUAUAUAAAGUGGCCGCGGUUAAAGUUUCAGAAAUCUCCCAUUUUCCUCCCCGCCACCUUUUUGUGCUGCUGCUACUACUGCCUUUCUUCCUUCCCUUUCUCUCUCUCUCUGUCCUCCACACCCAGAUUCUCUCUCCUACACUCCUCUGCCUCCCGCUCUACUCAUUUUUGGAGGCUUCUGUGAAUUGUGAUGUCGUGCAAUUAGUUAAUCGGUUUCUUUUCUCCGGAAAUAGUAUGGUAGGUAUGGAUGCACAAGAGAUUCGUGAGAAAUCAGUGGAAAAAGAUAGUGUCUGCGAGGAGUCUUUAGAAUCUUGUGCAAAGGCCAACGGAAGUGUAUCAUCUCACUUGAAAGAUAGUGGUUCACCAACAACAAAUGGUAGUGAAGGCAAUGUAAAGGGAGUUGCUUUAUGCCCAAUUACACCCAUUUCUUGCAGAAAAAAUGGGGAUUCUGUUUUUGUGACCAGCUCCCCAUUGUCGGUUGAAUCUCCUCAAUUUCCAAAUGUGGAUGGCUUCAAUUCCCCAAUAAAUGAAGAGGUUGUGGCUUUAGGUCUUGAUGGUAGCCCUCGCACACCAAAUGAGGGAGUUUUCGAUCCAUUUGCCCCAGGUCCUGAUGAGAUGCUUCUCGCUCCUAUAGGUAAAAAGCAUGUGAAAGAGUCUCGGAAAAUUGUUGCUCGAAGGCUAAAUUUUGAUGACCUUGACAAUUUUCUAGUAUCAAAGGGUGAUAGCGAAAAUGCAGAUAUAUUGACAGAGAAGUUGUUGCUGGAGUCUGUUUAUGAAACUCUUCUGGAAGCCAUUAUCUUGAAGCAGUCAGAGGAGUUUUUUGCUGAAAAUCAGCAUUUGGAAUUGGAGAAUCUUCAUACACCAACCUCUCCACCUCCCCUGAUGGGAGUUGCUGAGACAUGCCCUGGAGCUCCUAUGAAGGCUGCAGUCAAUAAGUCAAGGAUAAUUGACGUGGCACUGUGCAGGAAGCUUGAAUUUUAGUUACUUUCAGAUGUUAGGCAGAGAAGCCUGGAUUUUUAUACUGACUUAUUGUUUAAUGCUCCACAGACGCAAGCAUAUCUGCACAUACUGCUGACUCCAAGGGUUGCAAGUCGUUUACUGUUGUAUGUGUAUUCUAGAUCCCUGUAUGUUCACCUCUUAGUUUUAGUGAUUCACCCUUUAGAGAGGUGUUAGAUUAUCAUGCCCUUGUACAGCUGUUUCAGACAAUCAUUUUGAGCAAAUAUCUUCAAGUGCUUCAGUUCUCUUGGAAGUUUUCUUCUUUAUUGUUAUGGCCCUUGUAGGCUUCACAGCUUUGAACGUUAGUCUACUGUCUAAGUGUGUAUUCAAGUUGCUGCAUUUUUAUGGCAUUA